GUGUAUUUAGCAUAGAAAAAAGCCCCCAGUCAUUCGAGUAUUCCGGAAGCUCUCCUCCCCUACGCUGCUAGGCUCUCUGCCUCUCUCUGCUAAAUUCACUGUCGUCUUCUGCUGUGAGAGACUAAUGAGUCAAGAGUUUUGAGUACCUCGGAAACAGAGCUACCAGAGAUCCAUCGAUGCAAAGUGAAGAGAACAACUAGAGCUGUCCUGUAAACAAAUCAGUGAAUCACCCAUCUCCACCAUUUUUGUCCUUUUUCCUGAAAACUGGAUCGAGCCUUGUAGCAUAAUCUUCUCUCCCUCACCCAUUGCUUCCUCAGAAUCGCAAUGCUUUCUUCAGCCAACCUCUCUUGCUUAGGCUUCGAGCGUUAUCAGUUCUGAUUGUUUUCUCAGUGUGCUUGAUUGAGGCUAAGAGUUAGAGUGAGUGCGUAGAGACUCGGAUAAAAUGGAGAAGAUUCAGGCUGCUAGAAGACGGGCUGGAGCUAGAAAUGUUGUUGCAGGUUCUGUCUGGGAAAGCAGAAUGAAGAGCGAUGAGGUGAAAGGUGGGAUCAAGGUUUUCACCGGUGAAGAGAAUUCUGAAGAAGUUGGUGGCGGUGGCAGUGAGCGUGGUGUUCAGGUUAACAGACAGUUGAAUCGGAAUCAGAGUGGUGUGGAGCGUGGGAAGAGGAAGACAUGGAAAACUGAAUCCUUUGACGGAUUUGAGAGGAGCCCAUUUCAGAUAAGGAAGACGAGAUCUCAGUCGCAUCGAUUUUCUGGUGAAUCUCUCAGUUUGUCUCUUGAUGGAAUUGAUAAAAGCCUAAUUCAGUUGGGCAGGAGGCCAAUUCAUUUAAGGAAGGCAAGAUCUGAAUCGAAUGGAUCUUCUGAUGAAUCUUGUAAGGAGCUUGGUGUGUCGGUCGAUGGAAAUGAAAGUGGCCCAAUUCAGACGGGGAAGAUUAGAUCCGGGUCUCCUAGGGUUCCUGAAGAGACUUGCAAGGAGAAGACGAUUUCAGUCAAUUUUAGCGAUGUGGCCGAGAUCAAAUCUCCACAGAAAUUUGUCGUGAACGAUGAUGGUGUUGAUGGGGAUGAAGAAAAUGAUUGGGGCGAUGAGGAGGAUGAUACAGAGAUGGAGAUAGAAAAGAAGAGCUUCGAUGUCAAAGAAAUUAAGAUGGAAGAACAGAAACCCCAGAAGGUUAUGAAUGAGGAGAAGAGAGAUGAUCAGGUCGAUGUGCCGACAUCAAUACCCAUCUCUGAAAUUGUGAAUAAAGAACCAGCUUCAAUUGCAGAACAACCCCUAACUGUUCAGAGUCCCAUAGAAUCCCAAAAGGCUGUGAACGAAGAGGAGAAGGUCCAACAGAUCCCUGAAACACCAAAACCCAUUUCUGCAAAUGUGAAUAAACAGCCAGCUCCUGUUGCAGAUCAACCUGUAGUUGUCCAGAGUCCCAUAAAAUCCCAAAAGCAUGUCAACGAAGAGGAUAAAGCUCCACAGAUCAAUGAAACACCAAAACCCAUCUCUCCAAUUCUGACUAAAAAGCCAACAUCACCUGUUGCAGACAAAUCUCUAAUUUCUCAGAAACUCGCAAGGCUCAAAAAGGCUAUGGAUGAAGAAAAUAAGCUCCCUCAAAUUCAUGAUAAACCAACAACCCUAUUUCCAAAUGUGAAUAAGCAGCGACGCUCUGUUUUUUCUCGUCCUGUAAUUAAUCAUGAUCUUAGAAAAUCACCAUCAAUUUCAGAAGUAUACAGGAGUAACCCACAAACCCAUAACAAAUUACAAAGCAUUGUCGAUUUGGUAAUGUGGAGAGACAUCCCAAAAUCUGCAUUUGUUUUUGGAAUUGGAACAUUCAUCUUGCUAUCAUCCUCCUUCUCUAAAGACAUUAACUUCAGCUUAAUAUCCGCAAUGUCUUAUCUGGGUCUCAUCUAUCUUGCUAUAAUUUUCGUCUACAAAUCAAUCCUCGGCAGGGGAGCUGUAGAUAUAGAUGAUUCAAACCAUACAUUUAUUGUGGGUGAAGAAGAGGCAAUUUGGCUAGUAAAGCUGAUUCUUCCUUACUUAAACGAGUUCCUGCUAAAGCUCAGAGGCCUUUUCUCUGGACACCCUGCAACUACAAUGAAGUUGGCAAUUUUGCUGUUUGUUUUGGCUCGGUGUGGAAGCUCCAUCACUGUAUGGAAGAUGGCCAAACUGGGUUUCUUUGGAGUUUUUACGGUACCAAAAAUUUGUUCUUCUUAUUCCACCCAGUUAACAGGAUGCGGAAAGUUUUGGAUCAGGCGAUUUCGAGACGCUUGGAAUUCAUGCUCUCACAAGAAAGCCGUGGCGUUUGGCAUUUUUACCCUCGUGUGGAAUUUGUCCUCAACAGUAGCCCGCAUUUGGGCAGUGUUCGUAUUAAUCGUAGCCCUUAAAUACUAUCAGCAAUCGUUGUUCGCUGAAGAAUGGGGAAGAGAAGAUGUGGCAGGAGAUUCGAGGCAGGAAGAAAGUGGACGGAGACAAGGAGGGCGUGGGCCCACUUUAGUGAAGGUGAAGAAGGCAUCCUAAGUAACGUCUGUGCAUGUGAUGUGAUAUGAUAUGAUGCUCUGUUGUGCCAUUUUCUCUGUUUUGUCCUUUUCUUUGUAUAUAAUGUCGACCUCAUCCCCAACUUCACAAUCUAAUGAAAUCUAAUCUCAGUCACACAAGAAA